CCAACAUUUGGGGUCAUAGAUAGGAUUCAGGCGAGAGACAUAUGGAUCAGUUGAAGAUAGGGACUAACCGAUAACAGUCAUGAUGUUACUGCUGGUAUUCGUUUGUGUUGGGUUUGCUGUAGGAGUGCCUUUGGGAAAUGAGGUACCCUCGGCAUAUGCUGAGAACGCGGAUAUAAACCCUGAAGAAGUGUCAGGAUUGUUUGAGGGUGAUAUUGACCUGUUGCCGGGCGAGAAUCCCCUGCACCGCAACGCCAUCCUUGAUCGCAACAGACGCUGGGCUCACGGUGUUGUGCCGUACGAGAUUUCCCACACAUAUCCCGCGGCUGUUCAGGACAUCUUCAAACAGGCUAUGCACGAGAUUGAGGAGAAGACCAAGGUCAAUGGCAAGACGUGCAUCCACUUCAAACCACACGCAGGAGAGCCCGGCUACGUGAAGUUCGUCACCGGAGACGGCUGCCACACACCCGUCGGCUACAUCGGUCGUCAGUCGGACGUGACCAUCGGUCAUGGGUGCGAGCAAAAAGGCACUGUCAUGCAUGAGCUUUUGCACGCACUCGGCUUCUGGCACGAGCAGAGCAGAACCGACCGAGACACAUACGUAACCAUCCACUCGGGAAACAUCCAGAAAGGUCACGAGGGCAACUUCAACAAGUACCCGACGACAUAUAUCGAUAUGCUGGGACAACCAUAUGACUACGGCAGCAUCAUGCACUACAGCGCCUAUGCCUUCGCCAUUGACCCCCAUAAAAUGACAAUCGAGCCUAAGCAUCAUGGAGUGACAAUUGGUCAGCGAACCGCCCUGAGCCUAACGGACAUAAAGGAGAUCCAACUCCUGUACGACUGCAUUGCAAAUCACCACACGCAACCAAUUGGAUGAUAUCGCUAUUGAUGACAUCACCAUCCAUCCCGGUAACUGCUAAUCACGUUACUUCAUGGAUCCUUAUGUACUCGUGUCCAAUAAAGUUCAAACAAACUC